UCUCUGCCAGAUUGUCAAGAUGGCGGCCCCCAGGAGUUGCGUGUUAUGGAGGUACUGCGGCCGUGGAUGGUCGCGGGCGAUGCGGGGCUGCCAGCUCCCUGGGCUUCGUAGCUCCUGGCCCGGGGGCCCACUGGGUGUGCGGCUCUUGUCCCAAGAGAAAGCGACAACGGAAACGCACUUCGGGUUUGAGACUGUGUCGGAGAAAGAGAAAGGGGGCAAAGUCUAUCAGGUGUUUGAAAGUGUGGCCAAGAAGUAUGAUGUGAUGAAUGAUAUGAUGAGUCUUGGUAUCCAUCGUGUUUGGAAGGAUUUGCUGCUCUGGAAGAUGCGUCCAGUUCCUGGGACCCAGCUGCUUGAUGUUGCUGGAGGCACAGGUGACAUUGCAUUCCGGUUCCUUAAUUAUGUUCAGGCUCAGCAUCAAAGAAAGAAGAAGAGGCAGUUAAGGGCUCAACAAAAUUUAUCCUGGGAAGAAAUUGCCAAAAAAUACCAGAAUGAAGAGGAUUCCUUGGGCGGUUCCCACGUCAUGGUCUGUGACAUCAACAAGGAGAUGCUAAAGGUGGGAAAGCAGAAAGCCUUUGCUCAAGGACACAAAGCUGGACUUACAUGGGUAUUGGGAGAUGCUGAAGAACUGCCCUUUGAUGAUGACAAGUUUGAUAUUUACACCAUAGCCUUUGGGAUCCGGAAUGUCACACACGUUGAUCAGGCACUCCAGGAAGCCCAUCGGGUCCUGAAACCAGGAGGACGGUUUCUCUGCCUGGAGUUUAGCCAAGUGAACAAUCCCCUCAUAUCCAGGCUUUAUGACCUAUAUAGCUUCCAGGUCAUUCCUGUCCUGGGAGAGGUCAUUGCCGGAGACUGGAAGUCCUAUCAGUACCUUGUAGAAAGUAUCCGAAGGUUCCCAUCUCAGGUAGAGUUCAAGGAGAUGAUAGAAGAUGCAGGUUUCCACAAGGUGACUUACGAAAGUCUAACGUCAGGCAUUGUGGCCAUUCAUUCUGGCUUCAAACUUUAACUCCUUUCCUGUCCUGGAGCGUGAACCAGUCACAUCCUGUUGAAAGCCUGGAACUGAAGGAUAAUCUGGCAAAUGAGACAGCAGUAGAGCAUCUCCUCUUAAGGAUAUGUGCCUUGGACUCAUGUUCUGAAGUGACCAAUCUCAAAGCAGAAGAAAACAAAUUUCUGUCCCUUUUUGCAGCUUAUAUUAGUUGCUGCAUCAGGCUUUCUUCUAGAGGUAUUUGGUCUGUUUUUUUGGUCAACUCCUGCUAAAUUUCUCUUGGCUGUGCAGUGUGCGGUUAAGGUAAAACCAGCACUAAAGCACAGUUUGGAAGUGUAUUUGUAGCUUCUCUACUCGUGCUGCCUUUCAGAGGGACAGUGGAUCACUGAACCCAAUGAUGAUUUUAACCAGAAAACUUAACUGUACCUGAAUCAACCUUUCAGCCUAGGACUGAGUCUAGGGCCAAAAGCCAAGGCCCAAGUCAGAGGGCUAACAAUCACUACUAGAAUUGUGUGCUGAAUCAGUAAAUGAGUUUACAGUU